UGAGACAGAUGGACAUUAACCCAAAUGAAGAUGAUGGAUUCAGAGUCACAUUCAACCAAGAUAGAACAGAUAUUUACCUAGACCAUAGCGCAGAUGAUGAAGAGUUAGAAGCAAUCACCCAUUCUUAUGAUGAAAAGCCACUUCCACUUAUCCAGGAUUCAAAUAAAAACCUCAAGCCUAUCUCAAGGUACACAAAUGAGACUGAUAGAGCUCAUAAAUAAGUCAGAUUCCUGUGUGACUUAUUGUCCUUGCCCAGAUCUCAAGAAGUACCUGGAUGAUAGUAAUAUUCACUCCCUUUCAAGUAUAAAAUUCAAUUUAAAACAUCUUGAGGGUAAAGAAAUCGAGAAAGAGCAAAUCCAAGGAGCGCUUCAGAAAUGAACCUCACAAGCGACCAUAAGGCAGAGAAUAACUGAAUAUGAUUGUGCCAGGAGAGGCAAGAAAAGCCCAGAUAAAUACAAGUACUCAAAGAAAAACACAGGAAGCGCCAAGAGCAGGAAUGCAUAUUCCAAGAUGAAUUUUAUUAACAAAGCAUAUAAGAAUUCUAAAAUGACAAGUUCUCACCACCAAGUACCUUCAAAUGGAAAGAAAAAUGAUACAAAAAAGUCCACCUCAAAAACUAGAAAUAGGAAGUUAAGGAAUAGGGUUCCGAGGUCAAUUAAGAAGCCUUCCACCAGCUUUGAGAAGAAUAGUUACACAAAUAUUAACAUCCCAACUACGAUGACUCCUAAAGUUCAAGAUGACAGCAAUUCUACUCCAAUAAUAUCUAUUAUUUCUGAAGAAAAUAGAGUGAUUGUUUUACAAGAAGAACAGUCACAGAAAAUUAAGAAGAAGAAACCAAAGAAGAAAAUCCCUCAUAAGUCAUAUUUAAACAAGGAAGAGACACCUCAAGAGAGGGAUAAUAGACUUGAAAGACGUAGGUCAAGAUCAGAGAGAUCCCAAAGUGCUAAUUCUAAGAACCAGAGUAGCAUCUUCAACCAAGAAUACGAAUCUAGUAAAGGAGAGAAUGAUGAAGAGGAUAGCCCUAAGGAGGAAUUCUUAUGUCAAAAACAAAGCUCUAUAGAUCCUAAUGAAGAAAUCCUCUUCAUUGCUAGGCAGUAUAGUGACUCUAAUAGUCCUUUAAAAGAGCCUCCAGAGAUAGAAGAGAAUCAUCCUCUUGAAGUUGACCAACAAAUUGUCCAAGAGAAACCAGUUGAGGAGAUUAAAGAAGAAAAGAAAAGUGAAAAUGCAAUUGAUCUCCUCAAUGAGAACCAAGAGCCAACACCAGUUCCUCAGCAACCUCAAGAACAAGUUCCAAGAAAUAAUAACCAGGAUAUUUCUCCUAGUAAAGAAAAUAGUGUAAAAUCUUUAUCCCAAGGAUCCGUUAUUGAGGAGUCCAGAUCUAAUGUAGAGAAGGAAGGAGAAGGAGACAUUCUUGAUACAAUUACACCUCUAGAGAUUGAGCAGUUCAAUGAGAGACCAAAGAAGAUCCGUCAUAACUUCAGUGAAUCCAACAGAGGAAAUUUCUGAAGAUUAGAAGAAAUUUCAGAGAACCCAUCUCGAGAAGGAGAGGGAUUUGAAGGCAACAAAGCCACUAGUAAUGAAGAGAAUGAUCCCAGCAACGAGAGGUCCCAUGAACUGAGAACAGUCGAUAUAGAAGCCAUAAAUUCUGAAGAAUCAGAGGAAGAUCUUGAAAAUUACCCCAUGAAGACCAUCUAUGAUUGGAAAAGAGAUGCAGUGAACAAUGAAAAUAUAGAAAUCAGUCGGAGAUCAGGAUCAAAUUCAGUGAUCAAUGGUUCUGAUCGUAAAAGAAAUAUAUCCAAAAGGCUCAUGAAUGAUCUAAGAAGAGAUGUGCAUGUCACUAACAAGAAUUUAAAAUAACUUUGACCUUAUUGAGUUCCUCCACUCAGACAGAGAAGGCAGAUCUGAAAGCAAAGAGGAAGACAAGUUUGAAUCGAGGUUAGGCAGAGAGGAGAAUAAGUCCACUCAUUUCGAAGCUCUUUAUCCAGAAGCCAGGUACGGUAACAGACAUAGAGAGCUAGAGUCCUCUGAAGAAGAAUACAGUGAAGGCCAUGAUACCACUUAUUACAGAAAUAUGCAGGAAAGUGUUCAGAGAUUAAGGAAAUGCGACCAAGAAGAAAGCAAUAGCUCAUUUUCAACUAUAAAUAAAAAUACACAGAAUUUCAGAAGAGAGUUCAGCCAGAAUAAGCUGAUCAACUACAAAAGUAAAGUGGCGAAGUACAAUAAAGAUAUCAUCAGAAAAAUAGGUAAGCUUAGAAACAAAGACUGUAGAAAAUGAGGCAGCUAGAGUCAUCCAAAUUAAUUUUUGGAACUAUCUCAAUAGAAAAAGACAGGAAAGAGACAGAAAUCAUCAUUUUUCAAAUUUAAGAAUGCAGCAUAGAUAUGUUGACCAGCAGGAUGUUGAAGUCCAGACUGACGAUAUCCCAAUGCUCAGGAUGAUGGAUCAGUUUGACCCUGACCAAUUUAAGAGAUUUAUGGAGAUGAUGUGUGCCAGUUACCUCGCUCAUGCAGAAGCUAACGGACAGCAGUAAUACCCUUCCAAAUGAUUUUUUAAAUUCCAAC